UUCCGAUCUCGCACCGGGCCCGGCCGCGCCCCUGCAGACACAGGCUCGCCCUCGCUCGCCGCGCCCCUGCAGAACCGGCCCUCGCUCGCCGCGCCCCUGCCCAGACCCCCACCAUGGCCGGCAUCGCGGCCAAGCUGGCGAAGGACCGAGAGGCGGCCGACGGGCUGGGCUCGCACGAAAAGGCCAUCAAGUACCUCAACCAGGACUACGAGGCGCUGCGGGACGAGUGCCUGGAGGCCGGGACGCUCUUCCAGGACCCCUCCUUCCCGGCCAUCCCUUCUUCCCUGGGCUUCAAGGAGCUGGGACCCUACUCCAGCAAGACGCAGGGCAUCGUGUGGAAGCGGCCCACGGAGAUCUGCGACGACCCCGAGUUUAUUGUUGGAGGAGCCACCCGCACAGACAUCUGCCAAGGAGCCCUGGGUGACUGCUGGCUGCUGGCGGCCAUCGCUUCCCUCACCUUGAACGAAGAGAUCCUGGCCCGAGUUGUCCCCCUAAACCAGAGUUUCCAGGAAAACUAUGCUGGGAUCUUCCACUUCCAGUUCUGGCAAUACGGCGAGUGGGUGGACGUGGUCGUGGACGACAGGCUGCCCACCAAGGACGGGGAUCUGCUGUUCGUGCACUCGGCAGAGGGCAGCGAGUUCUGGAGCGCCCUGCUGGAGAAGGCCUACGCCAAGGUCAACGGCUGCUAUGAGGCGCUCUCGGGCGGCGCCACCACGGAGGGCUUCGAGGACUUCACCGGGGGCAUCGCCGAGUGGUACGAGCUGAGGAAGGCCCCUCCCAACCUGUUCAAGAUCAUCCAGAAGGCUCUGCAGAAAGGCUCCCUCCUGGGCUGCUCCAUCGACAUCACCAGCAUGGCGGACUCGGAGGCCAUCACCUUCCAGAAGCUGGUGAAGGGGCACGCGUACUCAGUCACCGGGGCGGAGGAGGUGGAGAGUGGGGGGAGCCUGCAGAAGCUGAUCCGCAUCCGAAACCCCUGGGGAGAGGUGGAGUGGACGGGCCGGUGGAAUGACAACUGCCCCAACUGGAACAGCGUCGACCCAGAGGUGAGGGAGAGGCUGACCAGACGGCACGAAGACGGAGAGUUCUGGAUGUCGUUCGGUGACUUUCUGAGGCACUAUUCUCGCCUGGAGAUUUGCAACCUGACCCCCGACACCCUCACCAGUGAGUCCUACAAGAAGUGGAAGCUCACCAAGGUGGACGGGACCUGGAGGCGGGGCUCCACCGCGGGAGGCUGCAGGAACUACCCGAACACGUUCUGGAUGAACCCUCAGUACCUGAUCAAGCUGGAGGAGGAGGACGAGGACCAGGAGGACGGAGAGAGCGGGUGCACCUUCCUGGUUGGCCUCAUCCAGAAGCACCGGCGGCGACAGAGGAAGAUGGGGGAGGACAUGCACACCAUCGGCUUCGGCAUCUAUGAGGUGCCGGAGGAGAUGACUGGACAGACUAACAUCCACCUCAGCAGAAACUUCUUCCUGACGCACCGGGCGAGGGAGCGGUCCGACACCUUCAUCAACCUGCGGGAGGUGCUGAACCGGUUCAAGCUGCCGCCUGGGGAGUACAUCCUGGUGCCGUCCACCUUCGAGCCCAACAAGGACGGGGACUUCUGCGUCCGGGUCUUUUCCGAGAAGAAGGCCGACUACCAGGUGGUUGACGACGAGAUCGAGGCUGACCUUGAUGAGAACGAUGCCAGCGAGGACGACAUUGACGACGGCUUCAGAAGGCUGUUUGCACAGCUGGCAGGCGAGGACGCGGAGAUCUCGGCCUUCGAGCUGCAGACCAUCCUGAGGAGGGUGCUGGCCAAGCGCCAGGACAUCAAGUCGGAUGGCUUCAGCAUUGAGACCUGUAAGAUCAUGGUGGACAUGCUGGACUCAGAUGGCAGUGGCAAGCUGGGGCUGAAGGAGUUCUACGUUCUUUGGACAAAGAUUCAGAAGUACCAGAAAAUUUACCGGGAAAUCGACGUGGACAGGUCUGGCACCAUGAACUCCUACGAGAUGCGGAAAGCACUGGAGGAAGCAGGUAACGCCUCAUGCUGCCGUGCUGGUACUUUAAUCCCCAGACAAAAGAAGGUGGUCUGGAAGUAAACACCGUCCCCGGUG